CGGUGAAAAUCUCCAGCAAAGCAGCUCUCUUGUUUUCAGCCUGUCAGCAAAGCGGCAGAGUUGGGCACAGCUUCCACAUUCCACCAAAAAUUUUCAUGUCAGUGUAGUAACUGAUUAGAAAGCUACCAGGGCCCCAAAGACUUGAACCGUGUCCUCCAGAAGUUAUUAAAACAAGGAUGAGUUUAUGAAAUUCGGGUAUGGGAGCCGUGACGGACUACGGUGCCCGGCAUGCACCGCGGCCAGACUACAGCUCCCGGCAUGCGCCGCGGCCGGACCACAGCGCCCAGCGUGUCCCGCGCUUGCAAGAUGGCGGCGCCCAGGGGCGGCUCGGGCCCGGACAGCGACAGCGGCUCGGACUCGGACAGCGGCGGGGAAGCGGCCGCGCGGUUCCGGGAGGCUGCCUGGGACUGCACCGCGCUGGCGGCGGCGCGGGCGGAGCCGCGCAGCGGUGAGAGGCGGCGAACAGGCUGGGCUCUGCUCCCUCGCUGCGGCGCGCCCUCCUCUCUCUUCCCCGCCCCGCCGCUUCGGCCCGGCCCCUCCGCAGCUCCUCCUGGCCGCGGGGAUUCCUCUCUGCCGCGGUGCCGGUGUCAGAAGUGAAGGGGGCUCUGCCCGGCCCUCCCGAGGCCAUGUCCGGCCUCCAACCGGGCCCAGAGCCUCCUCCCUGCAGCCGUGGCCUGAGGGAAGUUCCCCGUUCCCCUCAGAACUGUUGUCCCCCGCAGGGGGCUUUAAAAAGGAUCGAUUGCAGCCUAAAGAUCAGCCAAGCCUGAGGCGUGAGGCAAUCGGCCGCCAGGAGGGUGACAAUGAGCUCCAGACAACUCCAGAGUUCAGAGCACACGUUGCAAAGAAACUGGGAACCAUGCUAGACAGUUUCAUCACUGUCUUGAAGGACUCAUCAGGACCAUCACAGACUUCGUUGGCACAGUCUGACUCUGAAGAUGAUGGUUUUCGCCUCUUCUCUUCCUCUGUCCCUGGAGACCGUGGGAAACCAGAGCCUUGCCCUGCAGCAGGGAGGAGGAGGCCAGUCAGCUCCAGUGACACAGACAGUGACGAAGAGUGGCAGAGGUGCCAGGAGGCUGCCGUGUCAGCUGCAGAUAUUCUGAAGCAAAGUGCUUUCCCUGCAUUGUCCCAGGGCUCCAGCCAGGAUCAGAGUCAGGGUUAUGUAGAGCCCAACCAGAAAAAAAAGAAGAAGAAGAAAAUUAGGAGAGAGAAUAAUAUUCCAGAGAAAAUAAUAGAUGCAGCAGAGUGUGACCAGAUCUGCAAAGAUUUGCCUCGGCUGGUGUCUGCAAAUGGCCAGCAGGAGAGACAGAACAGCAAUCACAGAGAGAACUCUGUGCUGCCAGGAGCUGUGAAGAAGAAAAAGAAGAAAAAAGAAUGAUGAUUUUGCUCUGCAAACAGCAGGUGGUUGUGAUGGGUGAAGGAAACUGAAAGAAAACCUAACAAUGAGAGUUGCUGCAGAUGAGGGAAAAUUAAUUGGCAAAGUGUCUGUUCUAAAAGCUCAGUGGCCUGAGAGACUAAUUAAGUGACUUCCUGUGCUCCUGGCGUCCCCGAGGAAGGGAACAUUGUUCUCCUCACACAGCAGUUGUUUGUGCUGCUGCUUAUGCAGGCCCAAUCUAAAAGGAUUAAAUACUGUGCCAGACUUUCAUGACAGAGGGAUGUGAUCAUAGCUGCAUUCCUCCUGGUCUGUUCCUUCACAUCUGAAACCCUUCUGGAGAAAGUGUAUGAUGAAUUGAAUUUGGUUUACAUGGCAACAGGUGAUCAACUGCUUUUUCUCUUGUAGACUACUAAGAAUAGCUCCAGCCCGUGGGAGACUCAUUUAUCAAAAGUGUCCUGUCAGAAAUCAGGGCCCCUUAUUUUUUUCCUGCAAGCAUCAUAACAAUCUGUUUUUGAAACCUGCUGUGUUACUAAUCCCUCUGCAAUCUGCACCUCUCCAGGGCCCCUGCACAUAAACUGUGUGUGGUGAGCUGAUUUCAGGGUUGGUGUAAAUGCAUCCUACUGUUCCACUUGUCUCCAUUGAUUUUUUUUUUUUUUUUUUUUUAUGUACAGGGUUUUUUAUGGCAUCUGUUGUUAUUAAAUUUUACUACACUCUUG